GUAUGAGCUUGAUCUACUCAAGUAGUAUAAUAGUGAACGAGCUUUUGACUAGAAAGCUUCAUUGCUAAAUCAUAUAUAUAGUGUCUGAUGAGUAGAGCUAAGUUAGUUAAAAGUGAUUACUUGAAUUGAUCACACGGUACUUUCGUUAGAAGAUUUGCUUAAUAGUAGUAGAAUAUUAUGGAUUCCACGACAAAUAAUGAUAAUUUCAAUGCUGACGAGCUGGAGGCACCUGAGUGGUUAAAUGCGCAAUACUUUGAAGAGGUGAUCAGGCAAUAUGAAAAGAUACCAGAAGUCAAAGUGACCGAUGUAAAGAUCUCACCAGCAAGUGCCAAAGGAGAUCACUAUGCCAGCGUUAUGUUUAGAGGUAAAAUAUCAUAUACGACACAAAACGGAAAGUUCUCCAAGUCGCUGAUCAUCAAGACAAUGCCGGAAUUGGAGGGUCACAAGAAAGAAGUUCUCGGUAACUCGAACGUCUUUGAAACGGAAAUUGGAAUGUAUACGAAAGUAUUGCCUGAAUUUGAGAAAGUGCUGCGUAAAUUGGGCGAUGAGACCAGAUUAUGUGUACCUUGCUUGUAUUAUAGUUUAGUACCUCGUAAAGUUAUGAUCUUUGAAGAUCUAGUUCCACAAGGUUACUCUGUCAUACGAGAUAGAGAUGCAACUAUACAGGAACUGAAGGCGGUUUUUACAAAGCUAGCUAAGAUACAUGCAAUUAGCUUCAAAAUUUUACAUGAGAACCCUGAAUAUCUCGAAGAAUUUAAGCAUGGUAUAUUUGAAGUGCCCAAUUUUGUGAAUGACCCCUUUAUGUCAUCUGGAAUGAAUAAUUUUAUUACAAUGCUCAAAGAAACACCUGAGUUCUCAAAAUAUUUAACACGAUUUGAGAAGUUGAAAAAUGAUUAUAUGGAUCAAACGAAAGUGAUAUUUCAAGAAUAUCGAGUAAACAGAAAAAGUAAUGGAUACUAUGUUCUCUGUCAUGGGGACUUUCACCUGCGUAACAUGAUGUUAAGCAUAACCCAACUAAUGGAUCAUUUGAAGAUAUCAUGUUACUGGACUUUCAAAUGAGCAACCUGUGUCCUAUUUCGAUCGAUUUAAUCUAUUCGAUUUAUAUGUUAAUGGGCCCCGAGUGUCGGAAAAACAGCUACAAGGAUCUGUUAAAUUUUUACUUUAAAACGUUUGUCGAAAUCCUACAGAAAAUUGGAUUUAAUGGCGAGUUACCAAAUUCUGCAGAGUUUUGGAUACAAAUGACCCAACACAAAUCUUACGAUAUCUUCUUAUUAACAACAUUCUUCCCCAUGAUGUGUGCUAUAAAAGAAAAUAAAUUUGAUCCCGCUGAGAUAAUACAAAAUAACGAUUUUCGCCUAAAGACGUACUUUACAGAUGCUUUCCAGAAUGAGAUGAAAUACUUGCUACCCAGACUUGAAGAUCUAGGUUAUUUCAACUGAACAAUGUACAUAUACAAGAAUAUAUUCUUAUUAAUCGAAAUUUAUUUUACGUUGUGAUUUCAAUAAGUGCAAAUUGUAGAAAUUAUGAAUUAGCUUUUAAAAGCUUUACGGUCGAAGCUAAGCGAAAGUUCUCCAAGCAGUUGCCUAAAAAAGAGCGUCGAUAAAACAAACGCUCUCUUACUUACUAUAUGUCUCCCUAUCGUAAUGUAGCAAACUGCCUGAAUUUAAGAGAAUAUUUCAAAGAGUGAAUGUUGUGUUAAUAGAGACCGUAAAAUAUUACAAUCUUUAAAUAUGUGGAAUCACUGGAUUAUACAUUCAUAUGGGGCCAAGAGACAACAGCAAAUGCAAUUUUGUUUUACGGAAGUUGAUGCAUAGCUUGAAAAUAUUAGUAAAUAUAUUUUUGUGAUUUUGCAACUACAACAAUAUAGUAAAGAAAUGUAGAAGGAAAAUGUUUGAAAAUACGUAUUGCCAAGUUUG